GAAAAUCAACUACCGAGACUAUUGCAUUAUUGCAACAAUCAUUCUGUGUUUUUAGCAUUCAUUAUUGGUUGGUUGAAAUGUUAAGCUCUUCAAAAUCUAAUCAAUUAUAUAUGCCAUCCUUCUGUCUUCGCAUUCAUUUAUAUCAGUUAAGUUUCAGAGUGCUGUAAACUACUAAAUAAAUAUCAUUUUUUACUUUAUUUUUUUUCAAGUAAGCCUUUCCUGGACUAGCCCAACCAAUGGUUACUAUCUCAGUCUCAGUAUCUCAAGAAAGAAAUGGCUAGUUUAACGGGCCUUAAUGACUUACGGACUUACCAUUAUAACAAUAAUGCAUUAAUAAGAUAAUACUGGCAUGCUUUUAAAAAAAACUUUUCAUUAGCAUAUAACAAUAAGGGCAUAAAAAAUAAAUAAUCUAAAGUCUAAACUGCUAAAGUUAUUAAUUAUGUUAUUUAUGAGUAGUCUAGUCCUAGUAGUAGUAGACAGGCAAAGUAGUACUAGUACUAAGUAGAUGAUGGCUUAUUUACCAAUUGAGCAUUGACAUUGGUUAUUAAAAAAUCAUUUCAUUUAUUGGUGUUGUUCCCAUUUGAAAUUUGAAGUGGUAGGUUGGUAGGCCCUAAUGCCCUAUUUAAAAUUUUAAGACUUUAAGAGCAAGGGUUAUUAGUUAUUCUUUUAUUGAUAGGAUUAGGAAUAAGAUAAAUUUCUCUUCCAAAAGGUCCAAAUAAAAUAAAUGGGAAUGUCCUUUAUGUCAUGACAAUAAUGACAUAUGACAUUGUAUUUUGUACUUCUACAGUUAUUUAAAUUUUCGAAGUAAAUUUUUAGCUCAUACAUAAAAGACACAAUUUUAAAAAUAGAAUAAUUUAACCAAUUUAAUUUAAUAAUUUAAAAUUAGAAAAAUUUUAAAAUUUAAUACAUGAAACGAAAGAUCUACACGAAAAUGAUAGCGGGACAUGAACUUGUGCAGUUAAGAAGGGAAAAGUCGCAGCUUGUGUCAAACUGUAAUUUCAGUUUGUGCUUUGUGUUCAUCCAUAUAUUUUCAGUAUUCUGUGUGUGGACACCAGCAUCAUUUGUAAGAUUUUGUUGAAGAACCGAGCCAGUACAGAGACUACAUAAUUCUGUGUCUGAUCUGGUUUAUGUUUGCAUAAGCAAUCCAUGCGUCCAAUGAUCUCUCUCCUUGCACUCCUGUAAUGUGAUCGCAUGCUGAUCUAGCACAUCAAUGAGAAAAUAGCGCCCACUCUCACUUUCAAUGCCACUGAAAACCCAGUGACCAGUGGCCCUCUCUCCACUGUAGAGUAACGGACAGCAAUGAAAGAAGUGAUAGAUUAUCUGAUUAUCAUUAUGGCUCAAAUUAUACUAUACAUACUAUACUAUACUAUGCAUACCAUGAUAUUAUGGUAAAAGCUUAGUUAGUGGCAUGGGUUUUGUCAAGAGUUGUCUGACCCCGUCCUAAGCACAAUGGUGUCACUUUGGGGAAUAGCUAAUUCUUAUAAAAACGAUGAUGUGAAUCAUUGUGAAAGUACAAAUAAUAUUUAGAACGGGUGUUGAAAAAGGAGGAUGUCGAUCACAGACUCGUAAAGCCGUGUAGUUAUUAUAAAAGGUAGCUUGUUACCGAUUUAAUAUUUUAAAAAAUUCUAUUUCUAAGCAAUGAGUUCGACGUCUACAUUGAUUAUAUAUAUAAUAAAAUAUAAAAUGAAUUAAACCAUUAACUAGAGGGCCAUCCAUAAAUGUCACUCUAUUUUGUUAAAUGUAUACACACACACACCCUGUCACAAAUUGGUGAUUCAUUAUCUCUUUUUCUCCCUCUCUCUCUCUCCCUCUCUCUCUCCCUGUUAAUAUUGGUUCCUAUUCCUAUCCUUAAAAUUUUUUGUGGAGGGUUUUUUAAUGGAAAGCUUUUAACUUAAUUUUAUUUACUAGAUUUUGAAAAUAAAUUCAUUUAUUAACAAGGUCUAACAGUAACCAGCUCAAAUAGUUGAAAAGUAAUGAAGCAUAAAUUGUUGAUUAGAGUUAGUGUUUCUUUUUUAUGAAUACGAUUCUUUUACAAAUAUCUGGAUAAUAUCUGCUAAAAAUGUAAAAUAAACAAUAAAACCACAUUUUUUUUGUUGAGAUUCCUGAAAUAAAUAUUUUAUAUUCAUGAUGUAAUUUUAAUUACAUUUUUAAAAAAAAAAUCAAAACAAUUCUAAAUAUUUCUGAGUGUGACUGACAUUAUUGUCAUGUUUUUUUAUCUAUUUAAAUUGAUGAAAAAAAUCAACUAUUUAUCAAGUUAUGAGUGCAUGAUGGGACUUAACUUGUCCAUGUUAUUUUCUUCAAAAGUCAUGGACAUCAAGGACCUAGAACCAGACAGUAAUGGCCAAUUCUCAGUGUGUAUGCCCACAGAAUUUUGUCCCACGCUCAAUAAAAUGGUAAGAUUGCUAGUUUUAUUAUUCUCUUACUGUAAUUGUCAUCAGUGAUUGCAAAAUCUAAACAUGCUUAUUGGGCUGGGUACAUCUGAAAUCAUUCUACCAAGGCAAGAUUUCUUUUUGAAUGAAAUACCAACAUAAAUUAUUAAAAACAUUGCAAGUUCAAGUGCAGUGCAAGUAAAAUUAAAUUGCUAAUUGCAUAUCAGAUAUAGAAAAAUGUUUUCUUUUUAAAAUACUUACUUUAUUUAACCCAUCCCCUACAGAUUGAUUUCUUGGCUAAAACCCUUGAAAUGGCCCAAAUCCUAUCAAAUGCAAAUACUGCAGUUGUCAGCAUUUGAACAAAACCCUCCAACCCCCCUCACUUUUGCAGACUCUUUAAUAUUUUUUUUAUGGUCAACCUAUUUUUUCUAUAUUUUCAUCAUUCUUGCUGACCCUGCAAAUAGCACCACUGUUUCGUCGGUCGCAAGGGUUUGCGUUAUUUAUAUGUUUCACUGUACUACAAAAUAAACACAAAUUUCUUUACGUUUCUCCCAAAAUUACCACAUAUAUUUCUCAAAUUAAAAAAAAUACUUUCAAAUUGUGUGGUAGGUAUGUAAGCUGCAACUGAAAGGUCUGCAAUAAUUACUGUUACAGCUCCAAGAUCAAACAUAAAAGGAGUGUCCAUUAUUUUCAAACUUGUAUCUGGUGAAAAAAUGCAAUUUUUGCUUCUAUUAGACAUUUUAAUAAAAAGAGGAAAUAUAAAGAUUUCUGUGAUUGUCGGACCACGUUCAAUAUUACAGGAAUAGCAUGAUGCUAAUUUGGUAGGACUAUAGAUGGUAGGGCGAUUUGGAAUAAGUUCUAUUUAGUUUACAUUGGGAGUUAAUCAUACUAACAUUUAUAAAACGUAUUGAGUGUCCCAGCUUGGGAAAGGUUGAAAAAUACACUAUGCAUUUAUUUCUUUAUCCCCCCAGGAACUCAUGGCAAUUUUUAACCAAGCAGGUUCUGUACAAAGAUGUAAUAUAACUGAUAAGUAAGUGAAAACAAUUCAAUUUGCAAUUUUAUAUAUAAUUUAAUCGGUGGUCUCUGACGAGGUGAGCAUCCCUCAUGACUUGAGUUACCAUAACUAAUUUAUGAAAGUAGUCCAGGCGUAAAUGAGAAAGAGUGGCUGGCGUAGGAACUCAUGGGCACAAAAGGUACGCGCGUUUGGUAGCAUGGGUGAACGACUCGGGGAGUGAAAGGAAAGACAGUGUUGGACAGUGAUCCCUUUAGUACGAGGUCUUUUGGCUAAGACUUACACUAAUUGGAUGGGUUAUUGAUAGCUAUGAUGAGCGUGUGCUAAUUGUGUUAUUAUAAUAAAGUGUAUUGAUUAAUAUUGAAGGCACGUUGAGUCUAGUGUUUUUAUUAAUUGUGAACUGUUGAAAUCAUACCCUUGACGACAGCACCAAGCACUAUUUUACAUUGAUAAACGAUUCAUGACAGUCUCUCUAUCUGUUAGAAACACAUUUAAUAUAACACAGUGGAAAAAAUUGAAUUGUUACAAAAUGUCAUAGGUUUUUUAAUAUAUCAAGUGUAUAAAUUGUAUGAGGCAAUGUUUUAUUAUGAAAAUAAAUGACUUAACUAAGGAUCUUUAUUGAUUUGCCGCUCGUAGCCGACACUUUUACUUCUUACUGGUUUGGUGUGAGAUGAUGUUAAGUGUGCUGCUGAAAAAUUCCUCCGAAGAGGAUUAAAAACUUACAAAGAGGUUAUAAAUUUGUUGAAACAAACGGGACAAUGUUUAUCUAAUUAACAAGCUGUCAACAUUUGAAGUCAUAUAGCACAGCACAUCUGCAUUAUUUAAAUUUAGUGGGUCACAUGAAAAGUCACCAUCUCAAUGUCUCUGAAGCCAUGAGUAAAAUAUUUCUCUGUUGCUUGCUUGGGCCUUUGAUCAUACGCUUUUCUACUUUUCACACCUGUACUGAAGAAUACUUUGACUAGUUGUUGAUUGUUGCUUGUUUUAAAAAAUGACACUUCCAAGGUAAAAUUUCAUCACAAUAAAGGAAAACAAAUCCAACACAAACUAAAUCCCAGACUGAGAUAUGGAAGAUCUUUCAUCUGAUUUUUUGACACAGUCAUCGUGCAGCAUAUUUAAAAAUAUAUUACUUUUUAAAAAAAUAUUUUUGUAUGUCUUGGUUUGUUUUUGAAUUGAAAUUAAUAUGGUCACUUUACACAAGAAUGUCAUAAGUAAGUUAUUAGUCGUUUUUACUUGUGUUAAAAGAUUUUUUUAAUUGUGUCUUUAAAUGGAAAGUCUUCUUUGUGUUAAAUCAAUAUCUAUGCAAAGUUUUUGAAAUUAAUUAUAAAUUUACCACUUCAAACACUAGAUACAAGCGGUUGUUUAACAAAAUGAAGACCGUGAAAACGCAGUACAAAGAUGAAUACAUUUAAUGAUGGAUUUUCAUGGUUCGUGGGGAAUAAGCCCCAGAACCUGAGGGUAAUUAAGUGAUGGUACCAAGAAAACUUGUUCACCAUCUAAAAUCAAAACAUUCAUAUUGUGCCAACAAGGAUAAAUAAUAUUUUCAACACUUUCAGACUUUUUCCAUCCAAAACUAGGUGGGUGGGUUUAUGAAUCAACAGAUUUUAUAAAGAGUAGCUAGGGCAGUGCUUUCAAAACUGUGUGUUGUGACACAGCAGUGUGUUGGCUGCAGGAUUUAGAUGUGUCAUAAAAAAAAGCCAUAACGAGAUUCAAGUAUUGAAAUACAUUAAGAAAUGUUGUGCACAUGUACAAAUGGUAAAUUAUAUUACAAGUAGACCUCUUCAAUCAUAAUAAUUUGGUAGUAUUUGUGAAGAACUGGGGUCAAUAUCUAAAAAAGCUGAUAAUUCACCCAGAAAUACCUUGGCUCUGAUGAAGUCAGGUGCUUGUCAUGCAAAGGAACUGAGGGAAAUGAUAGUUAUAUUUUUUUUUAAAAAAGAAGCAACAUUAUUAAAAACAGUUUUGUGAACAAAAUCAUCAUAUCUUUAUCAUGCUUAGAUAUUUGAAUAUUCAAAUAAAAUAAACACCACCUUGCAAAGAAAAGGUGAAAAUAAAAACGGUAUAUCAAAUUUUUGCUAUGAGAUUGGGAGACAAGAUGGUGAUUUGGAAUGAAAAGUGAAAUUGUGAGCUAAAAAUGUGUUCAUAUUUUGCUAAUUGUGGGGCAAGAGAAAUUGUAUCCUCACUUCCCAAAGGCUAAAAUCCAAGGCUAUGAUUGGAUGAUGAAGCCAUUUCUUUCAACUGAACGAUGAACUUUUCAUUUAAUAAUAAUAAGAAGAAAAUGCUGAGAUAAACCAAAUGAUUGGAAUUUGUAAAAAUAAAAUAUUAUGAUUAGCUAUUGGAUUUUCGUGCAAAAUAUACAUGAACGGUUUUCAUGAGAUAUGUUGUGUCAUCAUACAUUGCGUUAUUACAGUGUAUGUUUGCGCCUAUAUCCUAAAAUGGGUCAGUUUAACCCCCCUGUAUACUGGUAAAACCAACUUUCUAUGUCGGGAAGGGAUGUAUUUCUAAAACGUGUGUCGUUUAGAAAGCACUGAUUUAGUGUUAGUGAAAGUCCUGUUUAUAGGAAUGAAUCCUGAUUGAACAUAAGUUCAUCACUUGUUUAACAAAUAUAUGUAUUUGUAUAAUUUCAGUUGGGUGUUCAUCAGAUAUCCCUCCAAGGAUGAUAUUGUUAAAGCACUGAUAUUGUUUGGAAAAGAUUAUAAUCUUAGAGUAGCAAGAAGUUCAAAAAAAGAAUUGGAAAAAAUAAGGAAGUCACAAGAUACACCAGUAAAAACAAAUGGAUUAAUUAAUACUGAUGAGUCCGUCACGGAUGUGUUGAAUGAACCUGAAAAUUUACGCAAAAAGGAUCAAGGGAAGCCAGAUAAAUAUAAUCAGAAGAAAGAAAAGCUGAAUAGCUCAGGGCUAGAAAG